AAAAAGAAAUGGGAGAAAAGUAACGGAAAAAGGGGAAGGCCUGUUGAGCGAGUUAACGACGCCGUCUUGUACCUACAUUUGCAGCGAAAAUGGCACAUGCCGGGUUCGUCUGGAACCUCCGUCACAAGAAUCAUUGUCUUCUCCCGUCUCGUGCGACUCUGGUUUAACUAUGGCGACCGAACCAAAGCAACCUACUGAAGACGUCAAGAUUGAUCUCUUCGAGGACGAUGAUGAGUUUGAAGAGUUUGAAAUCAAUGAAGAGUGGGACGAGGAGGAGGAAGGGAAAGAAGUGACCCAGCAGUGGGAAGAUGAUUGGGAUGACGAUGAUGUUAGUGAUGAUUUUUCUCUUCAGCUGAGGAAGGAGCUGGAAAGCAAUGCUGAAAAUGAAAAGAAGUAAAACCAUUGGCUAUUCGCAGUUGCUUGAUGUUUCAAAUGCAUUGUGACUGAGUUAUUUGAUCUCGAUGUACUUUUCCAAGGAAUUAUUGUUGCCUGCAAAAUCAGUAGCACGAACGCUAUUCGUAGGCAGCAAGGAUUGUUAGAUCAGAACAUAAAACCAUUCUUAUUCUGUACUUUCAAAAUAACAUGGCAAGGAAGGUGUUAGAUGUUUGUACUUUAACUGAGUUCUGUCUCGCUUGCCCUCAAUACUUGGCCUUGCCAAUUUCCACAUCGAAUCAUUCUGCCUCAUUUUUGGCGACUUUUUCAGGCAUAA